UGACACAUAACGCCACUUCUCGGUCAUGAUGUAUACACUCUUAUCAGAAGUGAUUCUUCCUGAAUGGUGUUCGACACGGAAUUAGUUUAACUCUACUUGGUAUCUAAGGAGUCACGCUGGUAUCCUGUAACUUGAAAUACCAAGGAAAUUUUUAUUCUAAAAAGACGAGGACUUAAUCUCUUUAUGACCAAACUCGAACCGUACACGGAAAGAAACGAAUAUGGGAAACGGUGCCACCAGGGAAUUUGAAGACAUGAAAAAUAAGAUUGGGGAUAUUGAAAGGGAAACCAAAUCAAAUCAAAAAGAAAUACAGCGUUUGAACGAGGAAGUGACACAAAGAGACGUUGAAGUUGGACGUUUGAAAGAAAAUAUGGCCAAACGUGCUGCUCAGGCACCAGUAACGGGCAGGGAUGUAGAUUUAGUUGAAGACUUGAGAGGUAGGAUUGAGGUCCUUGAACGAGAUAAAGAAACGAAAAAUAAACAAAUGGAUGAUCUCAAAGCGGAACUACAGCGUCUGAACCAGGAAGUGGAGAGGAGAUCAAAAAUCAACAAGCAACAGGACGAACAGAUUAAUCACCUUAACGACGAGAUCAAACAACUGAGAAAACGAUUGGAAAAGAGAGAAGUUGAAUUAGCACUUUUGAGAUCUCAAUUCCCAGAAAAUGAUAUUCAAACACCUAUAACUCAGCGGGAUGUAGCAGUAAACGUCGCCGAUGGGGAGGGGGGAACAUCAGGGUCAGGAUCAACAAAAGACGAACACUUAUCCAACGAACAACAGAGCACCAGUUCAGUUGAUGUGAAACAAGAGCAAGACAGACGGAAAGUCUUCAGCAAUCCCAAACAGACAAACACAAAAAGCGUACCCAGUAAAUCCGAUCGAUGGCAAUAUUAGUCGCCAUAAUGAUCAAAGCUUUCUACAGCAGAUCCAAUGCUUAUUCUUAUCAUUAUUUUGUUAACAGUGCAUGUCAUCGAAUGUAUCCAGAAUCAAUAAUUUUAGGGGGAAAAUUAAAACAACAAGCAGACUAUUUCUUCAUCAAAGGCUAUCUUGUUCAGGAUCAAGGAUUAGUUACUGAUUCAUGACAUGCUUCAUCAGGCUUUAUGAUGAAGUACGUUUAUAUAAAAUACACUUAAUGGAAAAAGUAGAACUACUUUAUUAAGCUACUGUGUCCGUCAUAGAAAAUCCUUAAAUGCUAGUUUUCCCAUCGUCAAACGUAGGAUUGAUGCAAGCUUGGUAUAAACAUAUACCAAUAAAUAUGAAUAUUGCAGUGAUGACGAGAGGUGUGUCAAUUGAAUAAUGUUAGAUUAUCUCAAUAUUUCCAUCAUAGGAUUGAAAUGUACGGACACAUUUUCCUGACGCUCAGUCUUGCUGAGAUCUUAAAAAUUAUUACAUGUAUUUUGAAAUAUCAAUCUUUAAACAUCAGAUGAUCUUUUGCAGAUUAUAAAGGAUGCGCAAUUGUUCUGAAUAUAUCAUAUUAUUCUAUUGUUUGUUCCUUAAUGUAACUUCUUGUAUAUAUUGUGUAUUGAUGAAAGGUUGGAUCGCCUCAAAACAAUGACAUUUCCUUGUCCGUACUGUCGCUAUUACUUCAUCAGUGAUACAUUAAUUAGUCAAACUUCGUUAUCGGGAACCAUGCUUACCUAUACUAGCGGACAAAUGAAACGCAUAUUUGGUUUUUCUGAUAUAACAUUUAGACACGUUAAUUCAUUUUACGUGGAGGCUACCUCCGUGCACUGUGAAAAUUCAGUCGACUGUGAACCAACUUGACGCUGCUUGUUUUCAGCAGUUUCUUCCAGAAAGCGUGCAUUCGGGGUACUCUUGCACCGUAUGUGCUUGUUAAUAUU